AUGAAGCGCUUCACUAUCCUAAGUGCGAUCUUUUGCAUCGCCGUUGCACAACCGUUUGGGGUCCAGAUGCUGGAUAACCGCGUUGUCGGAGGUUCGUAUGCAGAUCCGGGUGCAGCACCGUACCAGGUCUCAUUGCAAACGCCCUUUGGACAUUCUUGUGGUGGUGCCAUCAUUGCUGAAACUUGGAUCCUCACAGCAGCGCACUGUGUACAGAACAGCGCUACGAAGUUCCUGAAGGUCCUCGUCGGUACCAACAAGCUUAACGCAGGGGGACAGUUGUUCCGGGUGAAAGAGAUAUUCAUUCAUAGCCGCUAUAACAAGCCCACGUUCCACAAUGACAUCGCAUUGGUGAAACUGGAAUCCGAACUGAAGUAUGGUGAGCUGGUGAAACCGAUCAAGUACAGUGAGCAGGUUGUACCGGAGAACGCUACGCUCACACUGACCGGUUGGGGUCGCCUGUCGACCAAUGGACCAAUUCCUAGCAACCUGCAGACGAUUGAGCUGAACUACAUCAACAACGAGGAGUGCAAACGUUUACACAACAAUUCCGAUGAGGUCGAUAUUGGUCACAUCUGUACGCUGACGAAGACUGGCGAAGGGGCAUGUAGUGGUGAUUCCGGUGGUCCGCUCGUGUACGAUGGUAAGCUGGUGGGCAUCGUUAACUUCGGUGUACCGUGUGCCAAGGGUUAUCCCGAUGCCUAUGCUCGCGUAUCAUACUACCAUGACUGGAUUCGGACGACAAUUGCCAACAAUUCUUAGGUAUAUUUUGAUUUAUUUCCUUCACGUACAUG